UUUUUCUUCUUCUUUUUCUUUUUUCUUUUUUUUUUUUCCCACAACUUAAUUUAUCCAGGAUGUCUAAACAGUAUGCCAAAAAACAGGCCCUGGAAAAAACCAACAAAAACAGCAGUAUAAUUAUUUCCAGGCCUGAGAAAAACAGCAGUAACAUAUUUUCCAGGCACCUUAAGAAAAUUUACCCCAUUGGCCUACACAGAACUUGCUCACCUCUCUCACUAUCUUCUUUAUCUUUAUCCUUGUCGCAAAACUCGACCGAUUCUUCCCUUACCGAUUCUUCUUCCGCACCGCUCGAUCAGAAAAUAUCGUUGGCCCUUCGGUUGAUCACGUCCCCUCCUAUCAAACGAAGAGUGGACCCCACCGUUUCAAAAGGUUUGGAUGUUCUUGGUGAUGAAGAAGUUACUACAAGGAGGUGCAACUGGAUUACGAAGAAUAGCGAUAAAGUUUACGUGCAAUUUCACGACGAGUGCUGGGGAGUUCCGGUAUAUGAUGACAAUCAGCUGUUUGAGCUUCUUGCAAUGUGUGGAAUGCUUAUGGAUUUUAACUGGACUGAAAUCCUUAAAAGGAGACAACUUCUCAGAGAGGCUUUCGUUGGUUUCGAUCCGAACAACGUGGAAAAAAUGGGCGAAAAGGAAAUAAACGACAUCGCCUCGAACAAAGAACUAAGUCUAGCUGAAAACAGAGUUAGGUGCAUUGUGGACAAUGCUAAAUGCAUAACAAAGGUUGCAGAGGAAUAUGGAUCUUUCAGUAGCUAUUUAUGGGACAACAUGAGCUACAAACCAGUGAUAAAUAAGUUCAGGCAUCCGAGAAAUGUUCCGUUGAGAAGUCCGAAAGCGGAAGUCAUGAGCAAGGAUCUAGUGAGACGCGGGUUCCGUUUAGUGGGGCCCGUUAUCGUGUACUCGUUCAUGCAAGCGUCCGGGUUGACCAUUGACCAUCUUGUUGACUGUUUCAGGCAUGGAGAGUGUGUCAAUCUUGCAGAAAGGCCAUGGAGACAUGUUUGAUUGAUCAUAUAUAUAUUUAAUAAGAGGAUUAUUUAUAUUAUAUAAAUUUAUAUAAGUUACAUAAUGUUAUUCUAUUUUAUUUUUAUUUAUGUUUGGAUGAAUUGUUCUUCAUUUUUUUUUCUUGAAGAGGGUUUUUGCACUGGCUUUUGAUUUGUACAGACCAGUGAAUUUUUAUUUAUUUAUUUAUAUAUAUUGUUAAGGUUGUGGAUUUCAACUUUCAAUUGUCAUUAAUUAUUUAUUGUGUUUA